UUCAGAUUGACAAAUGUCGAAAGAAAUCAUUACGUUAGGGGCAAAAUGUCGAACGAUACUAACGAUAGUAAAGCUCCACAUAGAUUGGUUAAAAGAGUGCAGUUUAGUAUAUUAAGUCCAGAUGAAAUCCGUCGUAUGUCAGUUACAGAAGGGGGCAUCCGCUUCCCCGAAACAAUGGAAGCGGGUCGCCCUAAACUGGGGGGACUUAUGGAUCCCCGACAGGGUGUUAUAGAUAGGAUGUCCAGAUGUCAAACUUGUGCUGGGAAUCAGACUCAGUGUCCCGGUCACUUUGGGCAUAUAGAUUUGGCAAAACCUGUUUUUCAUGUUGGAUUUCUCACAAAAACGAUUAAAAUCUUAAGAUGUGUUUGUUUUUAUUGCAGUAAAUUAUUAGUCAGUCCAAAUAAUCCAAAAAUCAAAGAAGUUGUUAUGAAAUCAAAGGGACAACCUAGAAAGAGAUUAGCUUUUGUUUAUGACCUUUGUAAGGGUAAAAAUAUUUGUGAUGGAGGUGAUGAAAUGGAUGUUGGCAAAGAAGGAGAUGAGCAGAAUCCAAAUAAGAAACAAGGUCAUGGUGGGUGUGGUAGAUAUCAACCUAUGAUCAGAAGACAAGGGCUUGAUCUCACUGUCGAAUGGAAACACGGCAAUGAAGAUUCCCAAGAAAAAAAGCAACCACUAACAGCUGAGAGGGCAUGGGAAAUAUUGAAACAUAUUACAGAUGAAGAAUGUUUCAUACUGGGAAUGGAUCCUAAAUUUGCGCGUCCAGAUUGGAUGAUAGUUACUUGCUUACCUGUACCGCCUCUUUCAGUGAGACCUGCUGUUGUUAUGCAUGGUUCUGCAAGAAAUCAAGAUGACUUGACGCAUAAACUGGCCGAUAUUAUCAAGGCAAACAACGAACUUAUGAAGAAUGAAGCUGCUGGUACAGCUGCUCAUGUUAUCAGUGAAAACAUAAAAAUGCUUCAGUUUCAUGUUGCCACGUUUGUAGAUAAUGACAUGCCUGGAAUGCCAAGGGCUAUGCAAAAGUCAGGUAAACCCCUAAAGGCAGUAAAGGCAAGAUUAAAGGGAAAAGAAGGCAGAAUUAGAGGUAAUCUUAUGGGUAAGCGAGUGGACUUCUCCGCCAGAACUGUUAUCACCCCAGAUCCAAACUUGAGAAUCGACCAAGUAGGUGUGCCCAGAAGUAUAGCACAAAAUUUAACGUUUCCAGAACUUGUGACACCCUUCAACUUUGAACAAAUGCAGGAGCUUGUCCAUAGGGGUAACUCUCAAUACCCUGGCGCUAAAUAUAUUAUAAGAGAUAAUGGCGAGAGAAUAGAUCUUAGAUUCCACCCAAAAUCUUCAGAUCUCCAUUUGCAGUGUGGCUAUAAAGUCGAAAGACAUAUUCGUGACGGUGACUUGGUCAUUUUCAAUCGUCAGCCCACCCUUCACAAGAUGAGUAUGAUGGGUCACAGGGUCAAAGUCUUACCCUGGUCCACGUUUCGAAUGAACCUGUCCUGUACCUCGCCCUACAAUGCCGAUUUCGACGGCGAUGAAAUGAACCUGCACGUGCCGCAAAGUAUGGAAACAAGAGCAGAAGUUGAGAAUUUGCAUAUUACGCCCAGACAGAUCAUCACACCUCAGUGUAACAAACCUGUCAUGGGUAUUGUGCAAGAUACCUUAUGUGCCGUCAGAAAAAUGACAAAAAGGGACGUUUUCAUCGAACUAGAUCAGAUGAUGAACAUCCUCAUGUUUUUACCUAUUUGGGAUGGUAAAAUGCCAAAACCGGCCAUUCUGAAACCUAAACCGCUAUGGACCGGUAAACAAAUUUUCUCCCUCAUCAUUCCCGGCAAUGUCAACAUGAUACGAACACAUUCCACUCACCCCGAUGACGAGGACGAUGGUCCCUAUAAGUGGAUUUCACCCGGAGAUACCAAAGUAAUGGUAGAGCACGGGGAAUUAAUCAUGGGUAUCUUAUGUAAGAAAACUCUGGGAGCUUCCGCUGGUUCACUGUUGCACAUCUGUAUGUUGGAAUUGGGGCAUCAGGUGUGCGGAAGAUUUUACGGUAACAUCCAGACAGUGGUCAACAAUUGGCUGCUUUUGGAAGGUCACAGUAUCGGUAUCGGUGACACAAUUGCCGAUCCUCAAACCUAUUUGGAAAUCCAGAAGGCAAUUAAAAAAGCCAAAGAGGAUGUCAUAGAAGUCAUUCAAAAGGCUCACAAUAUGGAGUUGGAGCCCACUCCGGGUAACACGCUGAGGCAAACUUUCGAAAAUCAGGUGAACAGAAUCCUGAACGACGCUCGUGAUAAAACUGGAGGUUCAGCCAAGAAAUCUCUGACAGAAUACAACAACUUGAAGGCUAUGGUCGUCUCAGGUUCCAAAGGUUCAAACAUUAACAUUUCUCAGGUUAUCGCCUGUGUAGGACAACAAAACGUAGAAGGUAAACGUAUACCCUUUGGCUUCAGGAAAAGGACCCUGCCGCAUUUCAUCAAAGACGAUUACGGUCCAGAAUCCAGAGGAUUCGUCGAGAAUUCGUAUCUUGCCGGUCUCACGCCGUCAGAAUUCUAUUUCCACGCCAUGGGUGGUCGUGAAGGUCUUAUCGAUACAGCCGUAAAAACCGCAGAAACUGGUUACAUCCAGAGACGUCUCAUCAAGGCUAUGGAGUCCGUCAUGGUGAAUUACGACGGUACUGUCAGAAAUUCGGUUGGACAGCUCAUUCAGUUACGUUAUGGAGAGGAUGGUUUAUGCGGUGAGAUGGUCGAGUUUCAGAAUCUUCCAACUAUCAAAUUGAGUAAUAGGGCCUUCGAGAAGAAAUACAGGUUUGAUCCGAGUAAUGAAAGAUACCUCAGGAGGGUUUUCAAUGAAGACGUCAUCAAACAGCUCAUGGGAUCCGGAGAAGUAAUUGCAGAACUCGAAUUGGAAUGGGAACAACUUCAAAAGGAUCGAGAAGCGCUAAGACAGAUUUUCCCCAACGGUGAUUCGAAUGUGGUAUUGCCAUGCAAUCUCCAAAGAAUGAUUUGGAAUGUACAAAAAAUUUUCCACAUAAAUAAGAGAGCACCGACAGACUUAUCUCCGUUGAAGGUGAUUCAAGGAGUGAGAAAAUUACUUCAGAAAUGUGUUAUAGUGGCUGGUGAGGAUAGGCUGUCAGUACAGGCUAACGAGAAUGCCACAUUGUUGUUCCAAUGUCUUGUUAGGUCCACUCUGUGUACAAAAUGCGUAUCUGAAGAAUUCAGGCUUAGCACAGAGGCCUUCGAGUGGCUUAUAGGAGAAAUCGAAACUAGGUUCCAGCAGGCACAGGCAAAUCCGGGAGAGAUGGUGGGAGCUUUGGCAGCCCAGUCUCUGGGAGAACCUGCCACACAGAUGACCCUAAACACUUUCCAUUUUGCUGGUGUGUCAUCUAAAAACGUAACGCUUGGUGUACCUCGUCUGAAGGAAAUUAUAAAUAUAUCUAAAAAACCGAAAGCUCCUUCUCUAACCGUCUUCUUAACCGGAGCGGCUGCAAGAGAUGCCGAAAAGGCCAAGAAUGUUCUAUGUAGACUGGAACAUACCACCCUCAGAAAAGUCACAGCAAACACCGCGAUCUACUACGAUCCGGAUCCCCAAAAUACGGUAAUUCCGGAGGAUCAAGAAUUCGUGAACGUUUACUACGAAAUGCCCGACUUUGAUCCGACUAGGAUCUCACCGUGGCUUCUACGUAUAGAGUUGGAUAGAAAAAGGAUGACGGACAAGAAGUUAACCAUGGAGCAAAUCGCUGAAAAGAUCAACGCAGGCUUCGGCGACGAUUUGAACUGUAUUUUCAACGACGAUAACGCCGAAAAGUUGGUCUUGCGUAUACGUAUUAUGAAUAGUGAUGAUGGCAAGUUCGGAGAAGCAGCAGACGAAGAGGUUGAUAAAAUGGACGAUGAUAUGUUUUUGAGGUGUAUCGAAGCCAACAUGUUGAGUGAUAUGACGUUGCAAGGUAUUGAAGCUAUAUCUAAGGUGUACAUGCAUCUUCCACAGACAGACGCAAAGAAAAGGAUCGUAAUCACAGAAACGGGAGAAUUUAAGGCUAUUGCUGAAUGGUUGUUAGAAACUGACGGUACUAGUAUGAUGAAAGUAUUAUCUGAAAGAGAUGUGGAUCCUGUAAGAACUUACUCGAACGAUAUUUGUGAAAUAUUCUCAGUACUUGGAAUAGAAGCCGUAAGAAAGUCUGUGGAAAAAGAAAUGAACGCUGUACUUCAGUUCUAUGGUCUUUACGUAAAUUACCGCCAUCUUGCCUUACUUUGCGACGUUAUGACGGCCAAAGGUCAUCUCAUGGCUAUUACACGUCACGGUAUCAAUAGACAGGAUACAGGAGCUCUGAUGAGAUGUUCCUUCGAAGAAACAGUGGACGUGUUGAUGGACGCAGCAUCACAUGCCGAGGUAGAUCCAAUGAGAGGCGUAUCUGAAAAUAUAAUUUUGGGUCAGCUACCCAGAAUGGGUACUGGUUGUUUCGAUCUAUUGCUAGACGCUGAGAAAUGUAAAUAUGGAAUACCGAUUCCGCAGGCUCAAGGAGGAGAUGUAUUGGCUUCCUCUAUGUUCUUUGAUUCUGCCGCAACACCCAGCAUGAGUCCUGGUGUGGCUAUGACUCCAUGGAAUCAGGGAGCAACACCCUACAGUGGUAGCAAUUGGUCGCCUCACAACCUCAUGGGAAGUGGAAUGACACCUGGAGGACCAUCAUUCUCCCCAUCAGCUGCAUCUGAUGCUUCUGGCAUGUCCCCGGGUUAUGGAUCAUGGUCUCCGUCUGGUGGUCAAUCACCAGCAAUGUCUCCUUAUUUGACCUCUCCUCGAGGCCAGUCGCCAUCUUACAGUCCUUCAAGCCCUGCAUAUCAACCUAUGUCACCGUCAUUAACUGUCGCUUCGCCAGGGUAUUCACCUAAUUCCUAUUCACCAACUAGUCCGAAUUACAGUCCAACUAGUCCAAAUUACUCGCCCACCUCUCCGAAUUAUUCUCCAACAUCUCCCAGCAGUUACUCGCCUUCCUCUCCCAGUUACUCACCAACUUCACCAUCUUAUUCACCAACUUCUCCCAAUUUUUCUGCAGCUUCCCCAUCAUAUUCUCCAACAUCCCCAUCGUAUUCUCCAACGUCCCCUUCAUAUUCUCCGACAUCCCCUUCAUAUUCUCCAACUUCACAAAAUUAUUCCCCAACUUCUCCACGUUACUCACCCACAACUCCAAAUUAUUCCCCAGCAUCUCCUUCCUAUUCCCCUACUUCUCCUUCUUACUCCGCUACUUCCCCGUCGUACUCUGGUACUUCCCCCACAUAUUCUCCGACAUCUCCAAACUAUUCACCUACUUCACCAAGUUAUUCUCCCUCAUCACCAAGGUACACUCCUGCUUCACAAAAUUAUUCCCCUUCAUCUCCCAAUUAUUCACCAGCAUCCCCAAAUUACUCCAUUACUUCUUCCAAAUAUUCUCCUUCAUCACCAAACUAUUCCCCAACAUCGCCGUCAUUCUCUGGUGAAAGCCAUCAAUAUUCCCCAACUUCACCAAAUUAUUCACCAACAUCCCGAGGUUAUUCUCCAUCCAGUCCUCAGCACACACCUACUGCAAGCUCACGCUAUUCCCCUUCAUCUCCAAGUUACUCCCCAAGUUCACCUGGUUAUUCCCCAACAUCUCCCCAGUAUUCUCCUCAUAGUACUAAGUAUUCACCCACUUCUCCAACCUAUACUCCCACAUCUCCUAGUUACUCUCCUGCUUCACCUUCAUUUUCUCCACAACCUCCCAGAUAUUCUCCAUCAUCUCCAAAUUAUUCUCCAACUAGCCCUGGGCAAGAUAAUGAUUAAACAACUGUUAUUCUUAGAAUUAAAUUAUUGGGUUAUCACCUUUCAGUUAUAAUUUUUUAUUAUUAAGACUGUAUUUUUAUAAUGGAAAAAUAUUAGCAUUUUUUGUAUUGUAUAUAGGUUGUUCAUUCUCUGUAAAGUAGAUUAUUAUCAAUAAAAUAAUUGAUAUUUUCAGUU